AUGACGACCUCAUCCGAACGCUAUGCUGCGCUGGUCCAAUGGGUCGAGGAAGGCGGAGGCAGCCUGCAUCCCGCAGUCGAGAUAGCUCAGAUGGAUGGCAUGCGAGGCUCGUUCCGCGCCAAGGACACGGUCCAAAGAGGCGACGUCAUUGUGGCCCUGCCAGUAUCCAAAACCCUAUCCUACCUGAACGCUAUAAACGGCCACCCUGACAUUCUGGGUUUCCGUUCCAAUAGCCUCAAGGCGGUCGAUUUUUUUCCAACCGACUUCUUGAAGACUGUACCUGCUCAUGUCGUGGGCCGCUUUGUUUUGAUCCAGCAAUAUCUCCUGGGUUCAAAAUCAGAAUGGUGGCCGUACAUCCGUACUCUUCCGCAACCAGAGCACAUCGGCGGCAUGUUGCCGGCGCUAUGGCCCGAGGAUGAUGUCGAUUUUCUUCAGGGUACAAAUGCAUAUGUUGCCAUCAAGGAGAUCAAAAGCACCCUCAAGGAGGAAUACAAGGACGCUAUGAAGCACUUGCCGGAUGGUUCGCGUGCGACGUAUACCAGGCCACUUUAUCUUUGGGCUUACGGGAUCUUCACGAGCAGAAGCUUUCGGCCUUCACUAGUCGUCCCUGAAGCCGAGUCGCUUGACCUUCCCUGCGCCAUCGAUGAUUUCUCAGUCCUUUUACCUCUUUAUGAUCUAGGAAACCAUUCACCGAGGGCGAACUCCUCUUGGAGGGCCGAUCAUCAGUCCCAGCUGAUAUCACUGCAAUGCGGUGAAGCGUAUGCACCAGGCCAACAGGUGUUUAAUAACUACGGAAUGAAGACCAAUGCCGAACUAUUGCUGGGUUACGGUUUCAUACUACCAGAAAGUGAAGACCUCCAUAACGAUUACGUCCACAUCAAGACGAGGCCUGCCGGGGACGAUGAUCUAUCGGCAACUCACAUUGUAUCACUUCGGCCAAUGAGUGACCCCAGCUCUGUUGUCGGCAAGUCGCGACGUCUUACUUCACCCGGUGUUGAUGUUGUCCCUGAGUUCUCGCGCAUCCAAGACUCUUUGGUGUCGACUCUGUACGAUGCUAUCACCUCAACGUCCAAUGCUGACGAAGUCGAGGACCUUCGCAUGGAUGAUCUGAUGGCCGGGCAGAUGCCCAGGGCCAUUCAUGACAAGAUCAUCCAGGCACUAGGCUCGAAACUUGCUUUCGAUAUGGACACGCUGGACGAAAUCGAGGUUCCACGGGAAGGCUUGAAUGGCAACCAGCAACUUGCCGUGCAGUAUCGUGACCAGUGUGCAAAAGUCUUCGAGAAUGCCCUGAGAAGUCUUGCGAAUGCAUCGUCCUGA